UGUGACUCUCUCAAUUAGUUUGAACCAGUCAACUCGUAAAGCCCUUGUUUCCUGUAAUUUUCCGAAUUGGGUCUUCCCUUAAUUUAUCAUUUCUCGCCGGAAAAACUUUGAGAAUUUCCUUGUAUUUCACGGCGAUGCUAUAAUCCUCCUGAAAGCGACUUACUGAUAUAUAUUAGUUUAUUAGGCAAUGAAUGUGAAAUUUACCGAGUCAAACGUGUUUAAACAAUGUAAAAGGUGAAGACUUUGAUGAAAAAAUCCAAACUUUGGAUCUGUUUCAGAGUCAAUAAGCUCUCUCAUAUUUAUAUAUGCGUGUUUGAUUUUGAUAAGAAGGGAACUUUGUUGUUGGCUUAAUCUGAUUUUUUGACAUAUGCUUGAAGUGUUGCAGGCGAUUGUUUUGUUUAUCUUGUUUUGGGUUUGGUUGUCUUGGAUGGGAGGAAGUAGCUCUAAAGAGUCACCUAGAGGAGGUGGAAGUGGUCGUAGGUAUGAACGUAGUGUGUCUGGGAGCUCAUCUUAUUCGUCUGCUUGGGACCAGAGCAGCUAUUAUCAGACACCAAACCAUCCAUCUGCGUCUCCUGUUUCAUCCUAUAAUUCUGGGAGACAAACACCGAAGAAUCUUGAGAGGAAGUAUUCACGGAUUGCUGAUAACUACCGUUCCAUUGAUGAGGUUACCGCUGCUCUUUCACAUGCCGGUUUGGAGUCCUCGAAUCUCAUUGUUGGUAUAGAUGUCACCAAGAGCAACGAGUGGACAGGGGCGAGAUCAUUUGGUAGGAAGAGUCUGCAUUUCAUUGGAACUACUCCAAACCCUUAUCAACAAGCUAUUUCCAUCAUUGGAAAGACUUUAUCGGUUUUUGAUGAGGAUAAUUUGAUCCCCUGUUAUGGAUUUGGAGAUGCUACAACUCAUGAUCAGGAUGUCUUCAGUUUCAAUCCCAAUGAUACAUAUUGUAACGGGUUUGAAGAAGUUCUCAUGUGUUACAGAGAGAUUGUUCCCCAGCUUCGUCUCUCAGGUCCGACAUCUUUUGCACCUAUCAUCGAAAGGGCCAUGACAAUUGUGGAAGAAAGUGGUGGCCAGUACCAUGUUCUUCUCAUUAUCGCUGAUGGACAGGUGACAAGAAGUGUUGAUACAGAUAACGGUGGAUUCAGUCCACAAGAGCAGCAGACUAUUGAUGCCAUUGUUAGAGCAAGUGAAUAUCCUUUGUCUAUAGUUCUUGUUGGUGUUGGAGAUGGUCCCUGGGACACCAUGAGACAGUUUGAUGACAACAUCCCCGCUCGUGCCUUUGACAAUUUCCAGUUUGUGAAUUUCACGGAUAUAAUGUCAAAGAACAUUGAUCCAGCAAGAAAAGAGGCAGAAUUCGCGCUUUCUGCCUUGAUGGAGAUCCCGUCUCAGUAUAAAGCCACCCUCGAACUAGGCUUACUUGGACAAAGAACCGGACAUUGUCCAGACAGGAUUGCGCUUCCACCACCAACUUAUGCUACUCAAUCUAUGCGCAACAGCCCAAGAACUUCCCGAUCAACCAGUUUUCAAAACAAACCAUAUGAUAAUGGUGUUUCCUCUACACCACCUUCAACUACUCAUAACGAGAGCCAGGUAUGAUUUACAAAGAAAGAAACAACAAUGCAUUGAUAAUCUUUUGCUGCUCGUCACAUCUUUUUGUUGGAUAAACAGCAACAGUUUUGCCCCGUAUGUCUAGUGAGUGCAAAGAACAUGGCUUUCAAUUGUGGUCAUCAGACUUGCGCUGGAUGUGGGGAAGACCUCCAUGUGUGUCCCAUUUGCCGGAGCUCAAUCUCGGUUCGUAUCAAGCUUUAUUAAGAUAAGUCUCUCAAGAACUGAAGGAACCCGAGGUGGUCUGAGAUCUUUCACAGCCAACACCAUCCCAACUUAGAUCUCAUUUACCAGUGUCCUAACAUUUGUUUUUACUUUGAGGGGAAUAACCGGUUCCUCUCAAAGGUUUUGUAGAUAAUCUGUUGUCAAUUUUGCAUUCUCAUUGCACAUGAAAAAACCACAGCAGACUCUCUCGUGAAUAAAGGAUCCUUUCUCUGCGGUUACACAUUUUUACUUAAAAGAAUUUGAAUCUUGAAUGGUCCUAUGACAUAUGUAUCAAACAACACACUACUAUAUACCUUUCUUGUUUGAAACAUCUAGUCUUCAACACAGUAGCCCAGAUGGUCCUGCUUUAACUUCCAUAAUUGACA